GAGUUUAGGAACAAGGAAUGUACCUGCGACAUUCAAAGAGAGACAAGCAGAACUAGGCAGUAUUGUCUUGAGAGUCUUACCAAAAGUCAUGCAAACAAUUUUAAAAGAAUGUAUGAGUCCAAGAGUUUUACAAGUGAAAUACCGACUUAAAGACAUACGUGCCACUCUAACAGAAUACGAGAUAUCCUUAAUGGAAAAACUGCCAAAUAUGGAUGAGUUCACAAUAGAAUUAUGCUAUAAAAUAUUACGUUAUGAAAAUUUAAUGCUUGAACCAUCAUGCAAAUGGGGAAAUACUCCAUGCAUUACAGAUGUUGAAAUCGCCGACGAUAUUCAAAGAAUAGUAAUUGCAACAAAUGAAGUUAUCGGUAAAAAGUCUGAAGAUGUAUCAGAGACUUAUUAUGAAGGAUUUCAGAAGAGACUACAUGAUAUACUAAAUAGAGUGGAUAAAUUCCUUCAUCAAGUUACUUGCAUAAAGUUGUACAAGACAAUAUGCAAAGAUGAAGUACAUUCGACUGACAUUCUUCAAGAACUGGCACUAUUGCAACGAAUCGAUAUAACACAUAUUGUUGACGAGACUAGUUUGAACAGGGAACGUAUUUCAAGAAUUUCGCUGGCUAUCAUUGAUUCUUUUCCGAAUAUCUUUAGAGAUAUUAUCCGGUCAAUUAUUUCUCCAAGCCAAUUGUAUCAAAUGUGCAUUCCACAUCUAAAUAGUUUCUUUACUGAUCAAAAGACUUGCUUAAGCGAUUUACAAUCUUCAAAUUCUUAUGAUUCCUUCGAUAUUUCAUUGAUCUAUAAAUUAUUGAGACAGUUUUCGUUGGUUCCUUCCCCAACAAAUGGAUGGGGAAAUGCUCCAAACAAAAUAGAUACAAAAUUAUCAGAUGACAUUGAGCGCAUACGUCACUUCAGAAACCAACUAGCGCACCGAUGCAGUUCAAACAUUACAGAGGAAGAAUUUGAUAAUUACUUCGACCAGUUUCGUGAUAUUUGCAAAAGAAUGGAUCUAUACUUUUUCCAAAAUACAAACUAUGAGUAUAAAAUUAUUGGACAUAAGACAUGCAGGAUUGAUACACAAAUGCAGACUCAAUAUAACAACACAUUAAACGAGCUGGAGAACUUAAAACUGAGAUUCGAACGACACCCAAUAAAGUUUUUCUGGGGAAAUAGUUUUGACAGAUGCCUGGUGAAUCUAAGAUCCAUGUUGAUGAGCGAAAAAUCAGCGGGAAGACAAAAAGUUCGUGUACAGAUCAUCUUCCAGAACAAUGCGGAUAUCGAGAGAACUAUAGAUAUCCUUAAUUCCCUUAAAGACGAGAUAAAUGAAAACUUAAGUGGUAUAGAAUUUAUCGUUGCCACAAAAGGGAGCAUAGUUCUACAUACAGAUAUAUAUUUAGAAAUACUCGAAACAGAUGCACUAUUACAAUCGACUCUGACAAUAUUUCUCCGAAAGAUUUUGGAACGAAUAACGACUUCUAAUACUGAAAGUAUUGAUAUGGUUUUGUUACCUGUAGAAGAGUACACACAAUGGAAGGUAUCAAAGCCCAUUGGAGAACCAGUUUACCUAGACUUUGAUAUAUUGGCUGGGUUCUUCGAAACCGACGGUAAAAUGGAAGAGCAACUAAGACAAAUAUCGGACGCCUUCUCCAAACAUUCAAACGGAAGCGGAACAAACAGUGAUAUUACUGCAACACUCCUACCUCUUUAUCUUGAAAAUAAACCAACCGCAUCAGCAGCGUUUAUCCAAGCCCAAACACCUGUCAAAUACAACCUUCCUGUUUAUGUCACUUUGCGUAAACAGUUAAAUAUAAAAAGGUCAUCGAAUGAAAAUCACAAUAUUACUAGCUGUAUCAAAAUCGGCACAGCAUUAGUCAUGUUAGUGUUCACCGACUGUUAUAAUAAACGACUGAUUAUUUGUAAUUCAGACGGUACUGCUAUCCAUCACAUUCCUCUGUCCUGCCGACCAUAUUAUAUAACAGAGGUAGACAAUAAUACUGUAGCAGUAUCCUCUACACUUGACAGAACCAUACUGAUAAUAAAUAUAUCUAGAAGUUCUGUCACCAAUACAAUCAAUACCAGUGGUUACUGCUACGGAAUAUCAUAUGAUGAUAAUAACCUGCACGUUGUUAUUGAUAUAAGUAUCAUACAGGUGAUGGACCUGACAGGUAAAGUAAUACGUACUAUACCUUUACCUUCAGGAAGUAUCCGCGACAUUACAGUAGACAGAGACAGGUUCGUUUGUAGAGACUUUAAAUCAAUAUACUGCUGCUCGUUAGAUGGAAAACUUUUGUGGAAGUUUGAAAAGGAUAAAUAUCAAGAUUUACGUCGAGUUACAACAGAUAACGAGAGGAAUGUGUUUGUGGCUGAUAGGAAUUACUCUGUAGUAGUAGUUUCUGAUGAUGGUGAAUAUUAUAGAGAAAUUCUCACUAAAUCAGAUGGAUUGAAUAGGCCAGGUGGAAUUUAUUUUGACAAAAAAGAAAACAUUCUGCUUGUUUGUAAUCUUAAAGACGGAAAGGCUUUUCUUUUCGACGUGAAAAAGAAACUAUCAUAAAUAAACAUGAAUAAUUCUGUCCGACGAUGAGUUUAGUCGGAUUCGGAAAUGAUAAUACAUGAGGUCAUUUAAAUUAUAUUUAUUUUUUUUACUAUGAAUCUAUUAAACUUAUUUGAUUGUUA